AUGGAAGGGAUGUUAACAUGGUUCUCUGAAAUUGCAUUAUCUGAGAAGGGAAUGUCGGCGGCGGAGAGGGAAAGAAGGGAGCGACAACGUUUUAGCGGAACGAAGGGACAACGGCCGGAGGAGAAGGGAGCGAUGGAAGAGGUGUCCGGCAAAAAAGAGAUCUUUUUCUUCAUGGCCAGUGCUGUCAUCACCUUGGAGAGCUCGGAUGGGAUGCUGUUCACGGUGUCGGAGGAGGCGGCACGGUUGUCCGUGCCCCUCGCCGACAUGAUCGACCAGGGCUGCGCCGGAGGCAUCAUCCAGCUACCCGACGUGGACGCCAGGGCCCUCGCCACGGUAAUCGAGUACUGCAACAAGCACGCCGACGCCGCCUCUGCCAACAGCCGCGUCGAUGAGGGUAGCAGCAGCUGCAACUCCGAGGCAUCCGUGGAGGCGCUGAUGGAGUGGGACCGCAAGCUCGUCGACGGCCUCAGCCAGGACGCCCUCUGCGACGUCAUCAUCGCCGCUAAGUUCCUCCACAUCAAGGGGCUCUUCGACGCUGCCUGCCAGAAGGUCGCCGUCGUGGACCAGAUAGAGGAGGAAGACGCGUGCACUUGGUUCUCUGGACUUACUCCCUUUUCUGAGAAGGGGACGGCGGCAGCGGAGGGGGCAAGAACCAAUGGUCAACGGCCGGAGAAGAAGGGGACGAUGGGAGAGGAGGCGGAGCAGGUUGCUGGCGAAAACGACACAUUUUUCUUCGGGGCCAGCGGAAAAAUCAUCACCUUAAAGAGCUCGGAUGGGAUGCUGUUCAAGGUGUCGGAGGCCGCAGCACGGCUGUCCGUGCUCCUCGCCGACAUGAUCGACCAGGGCUGCGCCAAAGGCAUCAUCCAGCUACCCAAUGUGGACGCCAGGGCCCUCGCCACGGUGAUCGAAUACUGCAAUGAGCACGCCGACGCCACCGCCACCGCCAAUCCCGACGCCAACCACGGCGUCGCUGAGGGCAGCAGUAGCUGCAACUCUGAGGCAUCCGGUGAGGCGCUGAAGGAGUGGGACCGCAAGCUCGUCGACGGCCUCAGCCAGGACGCCCUCUACGACCUCAUCAUGGCCACCAACUUCCUCCACAUCAAGGGACUCCUCGACGCUGCCUGCCAGAAGGUCGCCGACAUGAUCAAGGGCAAGAGCGUGGAGCAGACGCGAAAGAUGUUCGGCAUCGCCACCGACUUCACCGAGGAGGAGGAGGAACUGCGUAAAGAGAGUCCAUGGGCCUUCGAGGAGUAG